AUGUCGUCCAAACGUGGGCCAUCGGUCCUAGUUACCGACGCCCGCGAACGGCCACCAAAUCGAGGCGCUCCCAACAACCGACGCACCAACACAUCGUCCUCCCCUUCCUCCUCGUCUUCUUCACAAAGUUCCGCCUCUGGGUCAAUUUCUGGUGGUGCGUCCGGCGCGUCCUCGUCCUCGCCUAGCCAGCGAAGCCGAUUAGCUAUGCGCCACAUCUCGGUCGACAAUGUCCUGCAGCACAAUUCGGAAAUCCCUUCCGGCCAGCCACGGGGCCCACCUGGAGCCCUGCGCAUGCUCCCGUCGUCCGCUCUCUCGGCCGCCGCCUCAGUCGCGCGGCGGCGUGGACUCACAAGACGCAGCAGCAGUUCGUUUGGUAUCAACACGGGCGGCGGUGCAGGCGGGAGUUCUGGUGCUGCAAGUUCAGGUAUGAGCUCGGGUGUCUUGGUGCCGGGCAGCGCGAGCGGUGGUGUGGGUGGUGUUGGCAGUGGCCUCGGCCCGGCCGGCGGACCGCCUCUGCCGCGAACUGGCCUGCCCGGUGUGCCUUCGCGCACGACCAAGAUUUCUGAGAAGCUGGUGCUGCUGCCGGAAACGGCAGACGAAAAGGCCAAGAGCGACGAAGACGACGAGGACGAGGACGGCAACGAGAUCAGAGACGCGACAUGGGCGGCAGCGGUCGCUGGCGACGAGAACGCCGAGGCGGCACGCCGGGCGCUGCAGCGGGCGCGCAUUGCUCUCGAAGAGGCAGCCGAAACCGGCGAAGUUCCGCCGACGGGCAGCAGUUUGUACGACGGCGCCCGACCGCCACGCGAUGAAGAGCUGGAUGUGCUGCGCAAGCGUGGCGGCAUUCGCGGCAAGAGCUACGCCGAGCGCCUGCCCAAGGGCCAGCGCACCGAGAAGGUGGCGCGGCUGACGGCAUACUGCACGGCGCAAGCCUUCAAGAUGCGGGCCACGGCGGAGUUCUUGCGCACACACCACGCGGCUAAGACGAAACUCUACGACGACUGCCUCUAUACGGUGUACCACUUGCCGCUGCUUCCGGGUCACGACGGAUAUCGCGUACGCAGCCGGCCGAUGCUAAAGACGCCUGGCACGGGCAAAACGGUGCUGGACCUGGAAAUAGAGCGCAGCGAGCGGCGGGACGAGCAUAUCGGAUACUUUGAUGACUAUGUAUCACAACAUGCGGAUCAUAACAACGGGAACAACAGCAACGACAACAGCCAUGGUGACAGGGGCGACCACGAUAACGGCCAGCAAAUGAACGGCACUGGCGGUCACGGUGACGUCCACUAUGAGCGCCAGGCCCAGCAGCAAUCGCCAAACGAACAAUCCCCGUCCGAUCAGGAGCAGCAGCAGCAGCAAGCGCUCUACUCCAUGUCGGCGUCGGCCGGCGGACCCGAGAGCCCCAUGCCCACGAUCGCAUCGCCGGUCAACCGGUUAGCACCCGAGGCCAAGCAUUUUGCAGAGAUGUUUGUGUUCUCAUACGGUGUUGUUGUGUUUUGGAACUUUACAGAACUCCAGGAGAAGGACAUAUUGGCGGACCUGGCCUUUGCGGAGGACGACGCGUCAACGUCAACGUCGCCGGGGGCGCGGUCGCUGGUGACACGCCCGCUGGACGAGGCGGACUUUGAGACGGAGGAGUUCCACUUUGAAUACAGCGCCAGCGUGCAGCGCCCACGCGUGUUCAACGACAUGAUCACGUUGCUGCCACGGUCGGACCACAUGGUCAAGCUGACCAUUAGCCACGCGAUUGCGCAGAGCACGAAGCUGUGCUUCUUUGAGGAGAAAAUGUCCGAGACUAUGCAGAACGCCCAGGACGUGCCCAAGACGCUGGCGUUGACGGGCGAGCUCAACAUGUCGCGGACGGAGAUUGUCAAGAUCCUGGGGCGGCUGUUCAAGAACCGCGUCGACAUCAACCUGUCCUCCAACAUUCUGGACGUGCCGAAUUUCUUCUGGGACGCCGAGCCGACGCUGCACCCGCUGUACGUGGCGAUCCGCGAGUACCUGGAGAUCGACCCGCGUAUCCAGGUGCUGAACGAGCGGUGCCGCGUGUUCCUGGACCUGGCGGAGAUUCUGGCGGACAGUGUGGCGGACUCCAAGAUGAGCUCGAUUACGUGGAUCAUCAUCAUUCUCAUUGUGAUCAGCAUCUUGGUGACGGUGACAGAGGUGACGCUGCGGUUCAGUAUUCUGGAAAAGGAAAAGGGCAAGAUCAACAACGGAACCGUUCUGGCGAGCGCACGAUACCUGCUGUCGUCGUCAGCAACGGCACCGCCCGUGGCCCAGAUCCACCAACCGGUCGCGGGUGACACGGACUUGACGCUCGACGAGCUGCGGGCAUGGGCGGCCCAGCUGGAUGCACGGGAGCGGGCAGCUGUCUGUGGCAGCGAUAUCAUCGGACAGACAUUUGCCGGCGUAUGA